AUGGUUUUUACUGAGGAAUGCUCCAACACAAGUUUUAUUUUCGAUAUUAUAGCUGAGGGGCAGACAGAGGUCAGUGACGUCAUAGAGGAUGAGAUCGAGUUUUUGAAGCAGAACUAUGACGGCAUUGAGGUUGUGAAGCUCGAGGGAUUCUAUCCGAAAGUUUUACUCACCCUUGAGGCAGAGUCAAACCCAAGGCAUCGUGUGGUGCUUGAGGUUGCCAUUGUUGCCGGGUACCCUUUUGUUGCUCCCAGAGUGCGGCUCCGAAUCCCAGAAGGGGCCACGCCCGGGAGCAUCGGGGCGCUGGAUGAGUCGGGGGCGCAUCAGAUUCAGGCAGAUAUUCGAGAAGCCAUCAGCCCCUGUCUUCUUGUUGGCGCCCCUUGUAUAAUGCAGAUCAUCUCAGUGGUGGAGAGGGUGCUAUCUAACGGCAUUCAACGUUCAUGUACACCAACUCAUGUGAAAUCUGCCGACACUGUGGAACAUCCGCCUUCCCAGACGACAAUGAAAACGCGGGAAGUUAUUAAACUCUGUGUUCUUUUGCUUCAUUUACUCAAUAAAUGUUGCCAUCUGAG